AUGCUCCUCCUUCACUCGUAUAAAUGCAUUUAUUUAUCCUAUACAAGCACUAACAAUCUCCUGCAGCCAGAGGCCGCACCAAAUUGGAACGCACCAUCACGGACGUAUCGACCUCAUCACGCUAGUGGUCACAUUCAUAUCCCUCUCCCGACUCUGGAAAAGAGACGUCGAGUAUAUCAACUCUUGACAUCUCUUGCCCCGCACCACACUCGGCAGUGCACACGAGGAUCACAGUCCAUCUACGCAGUGCAAGCAUUAGAUAGAUACAAUGCGCUUGUAGGACACAAACCGCCCACUGGUUCGUUCUGGGACAUUGUCAAGCUCCCAUCUUGGGAUAUUCACGAAGCAGAGAGAGAGAGCCGCCGUCAACGCGUUUUGACAUCUCUACAAUCCUCUUCUCAACAACACAAGUACUUCUUUGCCAUCAAUCUCUACAACUCGUUUGAUGUUAUCCCUGACCUCUUCUCGACCAUGUUUCGGGUUGCAGCUAUUGUUGGAUAUAACAACGUCUUCAUUUCAAUCUACGAGAAUGGGUCAAAGGAUCAGACAAAAGCCCUUCUCAACAUCUUUGAUUCCUUGCUCAAGUCGGUGGGAAUCAGAGUCGUCAUCAAAACAAGUCAAAGAACCCGUGGAGCGUUUAAUCACCGCAUCGAAUACCUUGCAGAAGUUCGAAACGCGGCGCUCGUACCUUUACACGAACUUCGAGACCGCCAGGGCGAAUACUUUGAUACGAUCAUCUUUAUGAACGACAUCCUGCCCUGUGUAGAUGAUGUACUGGAAUUGAUCUGGCAAAGUCGACGACAAAAUGCCGGGGUGACUUGUGCAGCGGACUACAUGUUCCACGACGAAAUUGGAGCGCCCGUGUUCUAUGACAAUUGGGUCGCACGCGAUAUCAAUGGGACCGCCCUGGAGAAUGCACCGUUCGAAAGCAUCUUUCAUCAUACACCAUCUUCCGACAGGUUUCAGCGCCAUCUUCCAGUCCAAGUUCAAUCAUGUUGGAACGGUAUCGCCAUCCUUGAUCCCGCCCCAAUAUACUCAACACCACACGUCCGCUUUCGAAUGGCCCGGCUUGUCGACGGCGAGUGCUCCGCGUCAGAAUGCUCGUUGAUUUGCAACGAUUAUUGGAAGGCGGGUUACGGGCGGAUAAUCAUGGUUCCAAGAGUUAAGCUGGCGUAUGACAAGAAAGUCUUUGACAUCAUCCACCCAACCAGGCAGAACCUGACUUCUAUCCGUGGAUAUGUCAGGUUAGGGGGCUAUGAAGAUGAUCCACGCCGUGAUCCACAGGAUAAGUCGUGGUUUGGGCCUCAUGACCGCCUAUUCAUCCCGGAGGAAAGCGAGCUGAUGGAUUUCCAACCUGGACCAGAAUAUGGUGAGUAUGAGCCGGCCGCGCUAAUGGGCUUGGAGACCCCCGGGGCAUCGGUGUACCUGAUCACGCUGACGCAUGUCUUCUAUCAACAGUAUGGUGUUGGGGAUGGGAUGGAGCUGGGGAGCUCGACGGACCGGACGUGGAUCCCAUAUGGGAACGGAUGGACGAGAGGACUACAUCGCGGUCUGCAGUCAAAGUCCGCCACGAUCGUGGAAUGA